GACCUGUCUGUCGCCAACCUUGUCUUAACGGUGGAACAUGUAUUUACCACAGCCAGUGUGCAGGAGGGCGCUAUUGCAUGCUCACGCAAUGUGUCUGUCCGCGUGGUUUCAGGGGAAGACAAUGUGAGAGAGGGUCAAGUCAGUGUAACCCUCCAUGUUCCAAUGGUGGUAACUGCGUCAAUGGUUUGUGUCGGUGUCCCGAUGGUCUCUCUGGCAACAUUUGUUCCCUAGAUGUUGAUGAGUGUUCACGUAACCCCACUUACUGCCAGCAUCAGUGUACCAACACAUUUGGCAGCUUCCAUUGCCAGUGUCGACAAGGCUUUACAUUGAACUCAGAUGGAAGAACUUGCCAGGAGAUUGGUUGUUUCCCGCCUUGUAUGAAUGGAGGAACCUGUGUAAAUGGAAAUUGUGACUGUACGUUUGAAUGGACUGGACCAACCUGCCAACAAGAUGUAAAUGAGUGUCUCCUUGAAAAUGGUGGUUGUCAGUUUGAAUGUCGGAAUCGUCCCGGAGGUUUUGCUUGUCUCUGUCCAUCUGGUUCAUCUCUCAAUGAAGAUAAAAAAACGUGUUCUAGGCCAUGUCAUCCAGCCUGUAGGAAUGGCGGUUAUUGCUCUGGGGGCGCUUGCACUUGUCCAGAAGGAUUAACAGGAAGUUUCUGUCAGUUUGAUACCAAUGAGUGUGUCUCGGGUACUUCAAGUCCAUGUUCUCAUCAGUGUGUGAAUACCUUCGGUAGCUUCAGGUGUACCUGCCCUCAAGGAGAAACGCUAGCAGAAGAUCAAGUCACUUGUUUCUCCCUGUGUAACCCAGCCUGUAAGAACGGUGCACCGUGUGACCAAGGGCAGUGUGUGUGUCCUGCUGGUCUUACUGGUAGUGACUGCAGCCUAGAUGUCAAUGAGUGUCCAGGUAACUGUGCUUUCUAUUGCAACAACACUUUUGGUAGCUACACAUGUAGUUGCCCUUCUGGCUUCCUAUUGGCUGGUGACGGUGUCAACUGUGUUGAUGAGAAUGAGUGUCUGACAACGGGUCAGCGGUGUGAGUAUGAUUGCUUGAAUACGGAUGGAGGAUUCUUUUGCAUUUGCCAAGAUGGAUACCAAAUAGGAGCUGAUGGAUUCAGCUGCAAAGCUGUGGCCUGUGAUCCACCAUGUCAGAACGGUGCCCUUUGUAUUGAUACAACAUGUCAGUGUCCACAAGGCUUCGAAGGACCAUCCUGUGAAUUUGAGCGCCUGUGUAACUCUGAGUGUAUGAAUGGUGGGCGAUGUGUCAAAGGUCUUUGCGAGUGCCUCGCAGGGUACAUCGGCACAUUCUGUGAAGUCCGAACUUGUGAACCUGGAUGUCAAAAUGGUGGAUUCUGUAUUAAUGGUGUUUGUCAGUGUAUCUACGGUUUCCAAGGCAACACAUGUGAAGAAGUCAUUUGUAUGCCUGCAUGUGAAAAUAACUCAACAUGCGAGAAUGGUACUUGCAUAUGUCUGCCUGAGUUUGAAGGUCCAACUUGUGGAGACAAAGUGUGUGUGGAACAGUGUCAGAAUGGAGGCUUCUGUAGAUUUGGAGAGUGUCGUUGCUUGCCUGGAUUUACUGGGAAAUACUGUGAACAACAAGGAUGUCAACCCCAGUGCAUGAAUGGAGGAACAUGUGUGAAUGGCCGCUGUCUUUGUACUGCAUCAUUCACUGGAACCACCUGUGCUGAAUAUGUUCCACCUUGUAUACCAUCUUGCCAAAAUGGUGGUACAUGCAGAAAUCGCCAAUGCAUAUGUGAGGAAGGUUUCACAGGAAUAGAUUGCAGUUUAGUUGUCCCUGGACCAUGCAUACCUCCCUGUCAGAACAAUGGAGUGUGCCAGAAUGGCCAAUGUGUUUGCCAAGAUGGGUAUGAGGGGCCAUACUGCGAGUUGGAAGUUGGACAAGUGUUCCAGCCUUGUGUUCCAAAUUGUGCCAACGGUGGUACAUGUGUGUUUGGAGUUUGUCUCUGUCUUCCUAGCUAUGAAGGACCUAGCUGUGAGGAACUAGUGGCCGUAGUGGAGUUGCUUAUUAUGCCAGGCCAAGAAUUAUUAGCGUCGAAUCAAAUGGCUUAUUGGACAUGCUACAGUAACAUGACAGAGGAAUUACCAGUUUGGCGUGGCCCUACUCAGGAGUACAUCAGUCCAAAGGGCAACCUGGAGAAUCAUGUAUAUUCGGAACCAAUGUCAAAUGGAGAGACUCGUCUGGUCAUUAAUGGAGUCACAGAGUUAGAUGAAGGCACCUAUAGCUGUAGUGCUGGUGGCUACACAGAGAGUGUGAAUGUCAUAAUGCAAAAUAGUUUUACAACCCCACCAACAGUAACUGUUGAACGUUGUGAAAUUGUCGGCUCGCAAGAAUGUCGCGACCUGUUGUAUUUGGAUGCGGUGUUUCCAACAAACUUAGUAGAAGACUCUGAAACUGCUGAAACACUUGUAACAAAAUUGAGCACGCUCGUAGAUUGUCAUAGAGCGAAAGACCUGUUGUUUUGCACUGCAUUCUACAAGCCUUGUGAUCGUAGCGAUACAUCUCUGCUGUUGUGCCAGUCGUUCUGUCGUGAACUUCUUGAUAGCUGUGGCGGAGGGGCAAUAGGUGUCCUCCAACGAGAGCAAUUUCCCAACACACAUGAGUUCCUGAAAGUCUGUGAUGGACUUCCGCAACGGGAUUGCAUUGCCGGUACUAAUCCUGGAUCAGCUACACCGUUCCCAUUCUCGAACUGCCCUCAACCUUGCCGAAAUGAAGGAGUGUGUGUCAGAGGUUAUUGUGAGUGCGUACCUCCAUUCUUUGGACCAACAUGUCAGCAACGUUACACUGUGGACGUGGAGAUUCCAUCUGGUUUAGUAACUUCAGCAGGAGCUAAUUUAACUGUGUUAUGCAAAACAUCAGUGUAUGCUAAUGCCCCGUCCCCAGAGUGGACUGAUCCAAGAGGAUAUCCAAUCAGAAGAAAGGGUCCAACUUCCAAAUCUAGAAUCUACACUGAGGCUGACCCAAUAAAUGGAGGGACUCGUUUAAACAUCAUUGGAUUGAAUCAUGUGGAUGAGGGCCAAUACACUUGCACGGUCGGCAGUGUUGUCAAGUAUUAUAAUCUGUUACUAGUCUUUCAAUCUUGCUUCCCACCUUGUCAAAAUGGUGGCAUUUGUGAGGCAGGGACCUGCAGGUGCCCCUUUGGAUACAGUGGGCCAUCCUGUCGUGACCUCCUUAACCCAAUAACUGUCAACAGCAACUCUGUCAUCGGUGACCCAUUCGCAGGAGGAGAUUUGGCAGUCACCUGCGAGGUGUCCAACCCAGGUUCAACACCGCCAUAUUGGCUGGAUAACACAAACCGUCGUGUACCAGAACUUCGACAAGGACCAAGCAACCGAUUGUACUCUCAGGUAGUUGAUGGUUACACGACAAAGCUACACAUCAAAGACAUCCAGCUGUCUGAUGCCGGAAUUUACACCUGCGUAGCUGGAAGAUUUCGACAGUUGUUCAAUAUGACCGUCAGAGCCCCUAUCGUCCAGUGUAUUCCAUCAUGUCUUAAUGGAGGUAAUUGUGUUAAUGGUCAGUGCGUCUGUCUCCAAGGCUUCACUGGAAACUUUUGCCAGCAAGUACUGGCCCGUCAGUGCAUACCAUCAUGUUUGAAUGGAGGCAACUGUAUUCAAGGACAAUGCAGAUGUCUACCUGGUUACACUGGUAGCUAUUGCCAGCAACCUAAUCCAGUUAAUGUCCCUACUAAUAUCAUCUCUGAAGGAAGUCCUCUUGGUGGAGAUGUUACCAUCAACUGCGAACUGUCUCGUGCUGGACCAGCACCACCGAUAUGGAUUGACAGCCAGAACAACAGGGUCGCAUCAAAAUCACUGAGCAACUCUCACAUUUACAUAGAAGUCCUCAGUGAUAGAGCCACAAAGUUGGUGAUAAAGAACAUGCAAGCAAGAGAUGCUGGCCUGUACACCUGUAUAUCAGGAACAUUUAGACAGGUGUUCAACCUAACAAUAGAAUCCGGAGGACCAUUACGUUCCUGCUUUCCCAAUUGUCGAAAUGGAGGCAUCUGCCGGGAUGGUGUCUGCCUUUGCCCAGCUCAGUUCACUGGAAGCUACUGUCAAACACCAACUUCACCAUCUUCAACUUUUUCCAUCUUGAUAUCCGCAAGUGGUAACAAUGUCCGUCCAUAUGCGGGCUCAUCUGUGUCGUUCGUCUGUGAAAUGCGAGAUGUUGAUGUAGCAUCCCUACUGUCGCUACAGGCACCCACCUGGUAUGAUAAGCAAGAAAGAGUUAUUGGUCCCAAAGAAUCAGAUGCUACCCGAGUAUAUGUUGAGGAGAUGUCACGCACAGCAUCUCGCUUGGUGUUUAGUUACCUCACAAUUCCAGACGAAGGACAGUACAAGUGUGUCAUUGGUCCACAAACAGCUAUUGUCAACGUAACAGUUGAAAUUGAUCCUAACAACUUCUGUAUCCCGGACUGUAUGCAUGGUGGUCGGUGCAUAGGAGGCUCAUGUGAAUGCCCACCAGAGUACGGAGGCUCGAUCUGCCAAUUCGAAGUGAAAACCGACUGUUCAUUGCCUUGUAUGAACGGUGGAUUCUGUAGCACAGGCAAGUCCUGUCGAUGUCCCCGUGACUACUUUGGACCCCAGUGUAAUUUCAAAUCUGUACGUGGUAGGAUGAUCAAUAUUAUUCCACAAUACAUCACCGCACCAGACCUAGGUGCCGACAUCAGUCUUGUGUGUGAGGUGAAACAUUUUACCACAACCCCAAAAUGGUUCACACCUGAUGACACACUGAUUCAACCUAGAGUAGCAGGUGACCUCGAAAGUGAUGUGUAUAUAGUGAACAUGACACCCACUAGAGUUCAACUUUAUAUUCAAAACAUUCAGCCAGGAGACACGGGAUCAUACACUUGCCGAGUGAAUUCUUACGACAACCAGUUCAUCAUUCAACUUAGAGACUCAUCUUGUUCCAAGCCUUGCCUCAAUGGAGGAGUAUGUGUUAGUGGAAGGUGCCAGUGUGUUGGCCCUUUCACAGGUCUACAGUGUCACAUCAGAGUUGUAGCUAGUGAGUGUCCUGCUCCCUGUCUCAAUGGAGGGCGCUGUGUCAAUGGUCUAUGCCAGUGUUUAACAGAUUUCAGUGGUGAACGUUGUCAUCUUAGAGUUGCAGCUGGCUACAUAGUCAGUGUUAAUCCCAAUACUCUGGAUGUACCGCAACUUGGCACCCGUCUUAACAUCCUCUGUGAAGCCAAUGGCAACAGCCAACGUUUGACGCAACCACUUUGGCAAGGACCGCAGGGAGACAUCAUUCUACCACAGAGAAGUAUUAAUGACCGUGUGUACACCCAGGCAAUAUCCUCAACAGGAACGAACCUAGUCAUUAAUAAUGUACAAGCAUCAGAUAUGGGAAGCUACACCUGUAUUGUUGGUACACUGACAAACGUCUACCCUGUCCUUGUCGAAGAUCCUGGAUGUCCACUUGGAUGUGACAAUAGUGGACAGUGCCAGUAUGGGCGUUGCAUCUGCCCAAGUGAAUACGCAGGAACACGAUGCCAGUUCAGAGUUACCGAAUGCCGCCUUCCAUGCAAUAAUGGUGGCAUCUGUCGCAGUGGUCUGUGUAUUUGUCCUCCAGGAUUUACCGGUGAAAUUUGCGAAACACGUCUAAGUGAUGAAUAUAUCUUUACCAUCGAGCCAAACAUCAAAACCACACCCUACCCUGGUGCAGACCUCGAAUUCUCAUGUGAGGUUAUAGGUGAUGGACGAUAUGCCCAACCUUACUGGACAUACCAGAAUGGACAACGUGUUGGCCCAUAUGGAAUAGGCAAGCAUAUUGGAAUUCAAGCUGAAUCUAGUAAAGUAACAACACUCAUCGUGAAGAAUGCCACCGAAGAUGAUUCAGGAAUUUACACCUGCUGGGUUGGACAAGAUGACAACCGAUUCAAGAUACAGGUGUACGAGCGCCCUUGCCUACAACCGUGUCAAAAUGGUGGUAAAUGCGUGCACAGUGUCUGUGAAUGCCCGGCGGAUUAUAGUGGCGAAUUUUGCACUAUCAAACUGAACACCUGCCUACAACCAUGUGAGAAUGGUGGAACAUGUGUGGAUGGGAGAUGUGUCUGUGCAGAAGGUUAUUCUGGUGACUUCUGCAGCAUGCAAGCAUGUGAUCCACCAUGUGAGAAUGGUGGCAGGUGUCUUGGUCCAGACAUUUGUGUUUGCCGUGCUAAUUUUGCAGGCAGUUACUGCCAGCAUUCAGUGCAAGGAGUAAGAGUGCAAAUCACAGGGAUCCAUUCGGAAGUGCCAUCAAUCGGUGAUGAGGUCAGCUUCAUCUGUGAGGUAAUAGGAAGUAGCCGACUACCUCAUCCUGAAUGGAGGGAUCCACGAGGCCUGUUAAUCCCACGGUUAGCUUCAGAUGCAAGCCAAAGAGUUGGAGUGCUAGUGAAAUCAGCAACAUCAACAGAGCUGGUAAUUCGAACCAUUUCAUUGGAUGACACAGGAACCUACUCAUGUUCCGUCGGACCUCUGAACCAGUACCUCACUAUCAAUGUCAAUCAACAAGCAAGGAUAUGCAUACUUCCAUGUGCCAAUGGAGGGCGCUGUGUUUCAGGUGUUUGUGAAUGUUUGGCCGGCUUCUCAGGAACUUACUGCAAUAUCAGAGAGGGUACUGGCUUCAAACUGAAGAUUCAACCUCAAACGAUUCAGACGCCACUUAGCCGAGGAACCACCUUUAAUAUGGUGUGUAGCAUCGAGGGUAAGAAUAAUAUACAGCCACCAAGAUGGACUGCACCAGAUGGUCAAUAUAUUGAGGAACAGAGGCAAGGUGUCUACCAACGAGUGUACACACAACCAAUCAGCAACUCGGCUACACGACUUGUGAUGACCGAUCUUCAGGACACUGAUUCUGGCAUUUAUAACUGUUUAAUUGACUCUUUACCAAACUCCUUCACUGUUCUCAUCAAUGUUGAAGGCUGUACCAAACCAUGUCUCAAUGGAGGAAGAUGCAUCAACAGCAAUUGUAAAUGUCCACCACAGUUCCAAGGAGGACACUGUCAAUACCAUGCAAUACCAUCUGAACUACCCGACUUGGUUGGAAGUGGUAUUUAUACACUUGGAGAGCCAAUGAAUGUCACCUGCCAAUUGAACCCCCGUAGAGGCGCCCCUUCCCCUGUGUGGAUAGCACCAAAUGGACAGAUUGUCAACCCAAUUGGGCUAGGUGGGGAUGAACACCUCCAUACUGUGAUGUCAUCACCAUACAGCAGCACAUUGGUCCUCAGUGAGGUGCGUAUUAGUGAUACCGGUACAUACACCUGUAGAACAGGAAACACAAUCAACACUGUCAAGAUCCAGUUCAAACCAUCAACUCUGUGUUUCCCACCUUGUGUAAAUGGCGGAGUCUGUAUUGGUACCCGAUGUCGAUGUAUGCCUGGCUGGGAAGGACCUGCUUGCUCUCAGAGAGAGACAGCAAAAGGUACAAUUAAGUUGACCCCAAGUAGAACAGGAGUUGCAAUUGGCGAUACACAUGAUGUCAUAUGUGAAGUGAUUGGUGUUCGAUUAACAACCCGCCCUCUAUGGUAUGGCCCCUUUAAUAGCAUCAUUGGUCCCCAACAAUCAGGCACAGAGAGAGUUUACAUCGAGAACUUGAGUCCUACAGUUACCAAACUUGUCAUCCGUAACCUUCAGCCUGAAGACCAAGGCACAUACAGGUGUGAAGCAGGUCGUGUACAGGUCAUCUACGAACAAUUGACUUCACUAGUUGGCUGUAGAGAACCUUGUCAAAAUGGUGGAACAUGUGCAGGCAGUUUAUGCCGAUGUCUCCCAGGUUAUGGUGGUGAAUUUUGUGCUCAACAAUUUGCAUGCACCCCAUCUUGCCUCAAUGGCGGUGUAUGUGUCGAUGGUAGCUGUCUUUGUCAACAGGGCUUCCACGGCACCUCGUGUACGGAAACAUAUGUUGAUGCCCCGAUGCGAGUAAACCAGAUAGGCGGUGGUCCGGUGCAGGUGGGCGCUGUUGUCAGCUACAUAUGUGAGGUUAUAGGAGUUGCUGCUGUUGAAACACCAAGAUGGGUUGGACCAAGUGGGGAACCAUUAACAUCAGGAGGCAGAAUUGAAAUCUUGCCAAGAGGAAGUAACAGUGUUGUCCUCGUCAUAAAUGGAUUGCAGACAAGUGAUGCUGGCCGCUACGUUUGCGUUGUUGGAACACUCCGCUCCACAUUGAACAUUGAUAUCGGUGUGCCAUGUAAUCCAAGUUGUGAAAAUGAUGGUACUUGUAAUGAUGGAGUAUGUGAAUGCAAGCCAGGUUAUGAUGGUGGUCAUUGCCAAGUAACAGAUGCUGAAUACUUCAUCACAAUCACAACUGUUGACAACGUCAUCCCUGUGAUUGGUCAGGACAUCAGCUUCCUCUGUGAAGUCACAGAAAACCCAACACUUGGCAGCCCACGAUGGUUGAAUCCAGACCGCUCCGAGAUCAAACUGCUAGGCUUCAGUGGCGAUCAGCACAUACACAUUGAGGAGAUAUCACCCACCGCUACAAAACUUAACAUCCAGGGCUUGCGAGCAGAUGACGAAGGCAUGUACAUAUGCGCUGUGAGCCAUAUUAGCCGCGAGGUCUCGGUCAACCUAUUAGAGGAAAACUGUCUUCUCCCAUGCUUGUAUGGAGGAACUUGUGCUGGAGGGGAUUGUAUCUGUCCACCAGGUUUCAUAGGGGAUCAGUGUCAAACAACAGAGCAAGGAUUUGUAAUCCGCUUUACAACUCCAUCUGAAAUUGAGCUUCAGUUGUACGGUGAUGUAGAGUACGUCUGCGAGAUUGCUUCUGUGACAGGAUUCCGCAAUCCAAAAUGGAUUGCACCGGAUGGAACUGUAAUCAGCACAAGAGGCACCAACACUCGGCAAUACAUUGAGUACUCAACGCCAACCUCCACUCGUCUCGUCAUCCAAGGACUGCAGCUCCAAGAUCAGGGUAUCUACACCUGCAGUGUGGGAUCUAUCAAUGACACUGUACCAGUUGUAUUAGAUGUUGGAGAUUGUAAUCCUUCUUGUCAAAAUGGCGGACAAUGUUUGGAUGGUACUUGCCUCUGUCCAGCUGGUUUCUAUGGCAGCCAGUGUCAACAUCUUGAGUCGCCUCAUGCCUUGACGAUCAUCCCACCUUCUACUCUACCUGAGAUUGGGGAAACAGUCUCCAUCAUCUGUAAUGCACCAUCACCAGGCAGAUACCGUAAUCCACAAUGGUUCUAUCCUGACGGAAGACCAGUACUCAUGAAGUCUGAAGGAGCUGGAAACGUUUUUGUUGACCUCCUCGGGCCAUUCUCAACCAGACUGACACUAGAUGAUAUUAAAGUUGAGGAUCUUGGAGCCUAUAAAUGUGAAACCGGACCUCUGUCCUCGGUCUACACUGUCCUUGCUGAAAACACUCGUGAUUGCAGCACACGUCCUUGUCAAAAUGGCGGUACCUGUUACCGUGGUGUUUGCACAUGCCCAGUAGGAUACACAGGAACACAAUGUGAAACCGAAUUGCAAUCAUUGCGAGUUAAGAUCACCCCACAAACCAGUCUCCGUGAAGGACAAGACCUUAUACUGCAGUGUAAUGUUCCUGAUGCAAGUCCGUUCAAGGAUCCUGAGUGGAGAACUCCAUCUGGUCAAGUCAUACGUCCACUCAACCAAGGUGGCUCAGAAUCGAUGUUUGUUCAGGCUGUUACUCUAACAAGUUCCACCCUGGUUAUAAAGAAUGUGAAUGCAAGAGACAGUGGGGCCUAUUUGUGUAAGGCCGGCCCACUACAGGCUGAAUACACCUUCACACUUACAGAUACCUCAUGUAGUCCAGCCUGUAUCAAUGGUGGAACUUGCGCUAAUGGUAAAUGUGUCUGCACAAGAGAUUUCACUGGGAUUGCCUGUGAGAGGGAAGAUUAUGUGAUUCGCAUUUUGACUCCUGACUUGUUGGAUUCUCGGGAGGGUACUAACAUGACAUUGGUUUGUGAGCUUCCUUCCAACAGCUUCUUCCGCAACCCAUUAUGGUAUGACAUCCUCUCCAAUGUGGUGCCAACACUUGGUUCUGGGGACAAUGAGCGAGUUGCUCAGGAGGCACUGUCACCGCUUACAUCAAAACUCCACUUUACCCCCCUCCACCAGACAGACACCGGUACUUACACAUGUAUGGCAGGCCGUUUCCGAGAUGAAUACGACUUACGAGUGAAUGCUAUUCCAUGCAGUGAGGAUUGUAUGAAUGGUGGACUCUGUAUCUUUGGUAGAUGUGAAUGCUUACCAGGGUUCAAUGGUGACAGCUGUGAAACUCCAGGUGAUGUAACGCUUGUUAUUACUGUGAAGGAGAUUACUGGUAAAGAACCAGUAGCCGGUGAAGACGUCCGCUAUUCCUGUAAGGUAUCAGAGACUAGUGGGUUCUUAAGGCCAACAUGGUAUGGACCCGAUGGUCUGGAGGUAGAACCUAUAAGUGGUGGUAACUAUCACAUUGGCAGUGAUCUUAUAACUCUCCACGAGAGCCACCUGUCCUUCCGUGGUCUCAGUUACAGUGAUAACGGUAAUUACUCAUGUGUGGCAGGGCCUAUGAGGUAUAUCCACAACCUUGUUGUUCUAGACCCAAUUAUUCCAGUCACUACGGAAGAGCCAGAAUUCAUAGUAGUUGAAGAAUACAUGAAGAAUGAGUCAAUUUCCCUCGGUGCCCAAGCCGUUUUCAUGUGCCGUAUUGUUGGCAAUCCACCUCCAGAAUACAUCUGGUUCAAAGAUGGUGAACCUGUCAGUGAAGAAGACCCAGCAUUCCUGAUCAUGACAUUUGACUGGGGUACUAUGAUGACCAUUCAUACUGUACAGAUUGGAGACAUUGGAGAGUAUAGAUGUGAAGGAAUGAAUAAGGUUGGAAUGAGAUCUGUCAUUAGUAAUCUGGAUGUAUCAGAAGCACCUUGCUUCCCAGCUUGUUUGAAUGAAGGCAGAUGUAUUCUGGGAGAAUGUAUAUGUGCUGAGGGCUACACUGGAAGCUACUGUCAAUCUGAAAAAGUAUGCAUAUCCGAAUGCUUGAAUGGUGGAGUUUGUCAGCUUGGCAAGUGCUUCUGCGCCAAAGGUUACACCGGUGACAUCUGUCAGUUAGAGAAAUCAUGUGAACCAGAAUGUGAAAAUGGUGGUGUAUGUUCACUUGGAGAAUGUAUUUGUGCAGAUGGCUUCAAAGGAGAUGCAUGCCAAACAGCCAUCUGUCUGCCAGCUUGUCUUCAUGGUGGCAACUGUACAGGCGGUGCAUGUGUUUGCAGCCCAGGAUACACAGGCAGUUACUGUCAGACAGAAGUACAAUGCGAGACAGAGUGCAUCCAUGGAGAAUGCAAGCUAGGUAGAUGUGUCUGUGACGAAGGGUAUGAAGGAAGGGCUUGCGAAACAGAGAAGCCAUGCCCAUAUAUCUGUCUGAAUGGUGGUGUCUGCCGGAGAGGGUUCUGUGUAUGUGCAGAAGGAUAUGAGGGCUUGCAGUGCUUGCAAGAACUGGAGUGUGAAGAGGAAUGCCAAAAUGGUGGUGAAUGUUCGGCUGGCAGAUGCAUUUGUGUCGAAGGCUACAUUGGAGAGUUCUGUCAAACUGAGAAGCCAUGUAAUAGAACAUGUGCCAAUAGAGGAACCUGUGAUAAGGGCAAGUGUGUUUGCCAGCUGGGCUACUUGGGAGAUUUCUGUCAAUCAACAGAUCCUACUGCAGUAAUGGACAUCAAGGCUGUUAAUGGAAAGCAACCAAUGAUGGGAGGUGACGUCAGUUAUGACUGUAAUAUAACGGAGGAUAGCCCCCUCAUUGAUCCCGUUUGGAUGACACAGAAUGGUGAAUUGGUUUCUGAAGAUGCAGGUCGUGUGCAGCUGAUCAAAAUGUCACCUAAGCAAGUACGAUUAACCAUAACAGGAUUGAAAGAAGAGGAUGCUCGUAAUUUUAUCUGUGUAGCUGGCCCAAUGCGCUCCCCUCUGAACAUGGUUAUUGAUGAUAGUGUAACAAUCGUGGCUACAGAAGCCCAAGAAAUUGCUCUAGGAGAAGACAUCAACCUGCUCUGCAAAGUCCCAGCAGAAGAUGUCAUUGAAAGACCAAAAUGGCUGGACAGUAAUGAUGUCACCAUUGAAACACUAGAGGGAGGUGCAACCGAUCAUGUUUUUGUUGAGCAUGUGUCAGAUUCUGUCACCAAACUUGUGAUCAACCGUGUACAGUUAGCUGACCUAGGAACAUACACGUGUAUUGCUGGUGCAGUCAGGAAUAACUUUGUUUUGGAUUUCGAACCACCUGUAUGUAUAUUGUUGUGUAUGAAUGGCGGGUCAUGCAUCCAAGGAACAUGUCUCUGUCCCGAAGGUUUCACAGGCGAUCAAUGUCAAAUACCAGAUGUGUAUAAGAAAGUAUCUCAAGAUAGUCCUUACAAUCAGCCUAUAUGGCUCAACUCCCAGGGCCAAAGAAUUCCUACUGAGGAAGCAGCAGAAGGGGCACGUAUAUAUACUGUAAGUGUCUCCCCUCAGGUCACUCGACUUGUCAUUCAUGACCUGCUUGACACGGAUGCAGUUGGAUACAGGUGUGUGACUGGACCACUCAAAUAUCCAUUUGUUGUCAGUGUUGAUGAAACACCCUGCAUCCCAGGCUGUCAAAAUGGAGGCACAUGCUAUGAAGGAAUUUGUGUCUGUCCAGAAUUGGCUAGAGGCGAUUAUUGUCAGAUAGAAUUGGACAAUAGCCUAGUCAAGAUCCUUAUGUCCAGCCCUGACCCUUACAUUGGAGAAAGUAUCGACAUCAUCUGCGAGGUCUCCAUGAACAUAUCUUCAGAUGCAGCUCCAGUCUGGAGGAACCCGUUUGGACAAAUUAUUGAAAAGCACUCCAACAGAGGUGACACUACCACCCACAUGAGCUCUGAGUUUCUCACACAAUACACAACUCGUCUUCACAUUGAUCGAUUGCAGUUUGAAGAUUCCGGAUUCUACACCUGUGAAGCAGGCCCUCUAUCAAAGAAAUUCAACUUUACGGUCAUCGAUCAUCCAUGUGAUCCAACAUGUGUGAAUGGCGGUAAAUGUGAGGAUGGCAAGUGCACAUGCCCACUCAAAUUUGUUGGUGAUGCUUGUGAAAACGAACUUGAUUACCUUAUUCGCAUCAAUACAAUUGAAGGAGAGAACAUGGUAAUUGAGACGGACAUGACCCUUGAAUGUGAGUUACCUGAAGAAGGAACACAAACACUUCCAAAAUGGUUUUCACCAAAUGGCCAAGAAAUCAAACCAAGCCAAGGCGGAAGUAACCGUAUCAAAGUUAGUCAGUUGUCAGCAUACAAGUCUGUAUUAUUGAUCCGGAACUUGGAAGAGAAUGAUUCUGGAACCUAUGUCUGCCAGGCUGGUCCACACCAGGACUCUGUAUCUGUCCUCCCCAGAGUUCCUCCCGUGAUCGAACCAUUUGGAGGACCAGUAAUCUUGAAAGAAGGUCAGCAGACACGCUUGACUUGCUCUGUUAUUCGUGGUGAUCUCCCUGUUGAAAUCACUUGGUAUAAAGAUGGCCAAGUAAUUACAGAUGGUGAUGGACUUACUAUCAUUGACUCGGGGUACAGCGGUGCAUUGUCAUUGGUGGAUGCACAAAUGCAUCAUACGGCAGAAUACACAUGUAAUGCUAGAAAUGAUGCUGGCAGUGUGAACAGUACAACACCACUUAUUGUAGUUGAACCUCCAUGUGAACCACUAUGUAUGAAUGAAGGAGUUUGUAAAGAUCAAGUGUGUCACUGUCCAGAGAGAUAUGUUGGACUUGCUUGUGAAAUACCAUUGCCUUACCUGAUCCAGAUUGAGAAGUUGUAUGAUACGCCACUGCAUAUCGGUACUGAGGUGGUUUUACAGUGCAAUGUACCUGAUGCUGGAAGGAACUUUGACCCCGAGUGGUAUGAUGCUAAAGGUGAUCCCAUAGAGACUCAAGAAGAAGGCUCUGGACUUUCCGGAGGAGCCACAUUCCAGAGGAUCACAACAGAGGCAUUGAACAGGUUCUCCACAUUACUGACAAUCUCUCCGCUGAUGAUGGAAGAUUCUGGCAAUUAUACCUGCAAAGCUGGACAAUAUGAAGAGAAGUUUGAUCUUAGAGUUUCAGAAAUUCCAUGUGAACCUCUUUGUUUGAAUUCUGGUCAGUGUGUUGAUGGAGUUUGCCAAUGUCCCCCACAGUUUGUGGGAGAUUCAUGUGAGACUGAAUUACCAUUCUUGAUUCGAAUUGUGCCUCUCUUUGAGCCUCCAUCGUACAAAGGUACAGUGGUUGGCCUUAGAUGUGAGUUGCCACAGGAAGGAGGACAACAAAACCCGGUUUGGAUGGAUCCACAAGGAAACAUAUUGACUGAGAGUUCAAACAUUGAAGGUAUUGAUGUUGAUGUUCUGUCACCGUAUGUGAACAUGCUGAUGUUUAGGUCUCUCAAGGAUCAAGAUGCUGGUGUUUACACCUGUGUGUCAGGCGACAAUGCGGACUCAUUCAACAUCGAAGUCCACGAAAUUCCAUGUGAGCCAGCCUGUCAGAAUGAAGCUCCAUGUGUAGAUGGAUUGUGUGUUUGCCCAGAUAUGUUUGUUGGAACAUCAUGUGAAACACGACUUGAAUAUCUUGUGCGUAUCAAGCCACUAUUCGAGACGCCAUUACAUGAAGGACGUGAUGUGGUUCUACAGUGUGACCUCCCAUUCCAAGGUCGUCAUAGGAACCCUGUGUGGCAAGAUGGUAAUGGAAACCCAGUUCAGACAAGUGAGUUUGUUCAGAUUGAUGAACUCUCAGCAACAAGUUCUCUGUUGGUUUUGAAAUCAGCCAGUAAAGAACAAUCAGGCAACUAUGUGUGUGUCGGUGGUCCUCAUACAGAUCAGUAUUACGUUAACAUUACUGAGGCUGCAGAACCCCUCUGUCAACCCCCCUGUGUAAAUAAUGGAGUGUGCAACAACGGCUUUUGCCAGUGUGAGGGGCUGUUUGGUGGCAAAACAUGUGAAACCAUUUUGGACUGGGAUAUCACCAUAACCGAUCCUUUAGGAGAGGCUCCAACAGAAGGGGAAGACACCCUAUUGAUUUGUAACGUCAACCCAGAGAGCAACUACCCGAACCCUGUAUGGUACAACCCACAAGGUCAAAUAAUUGACAGAACUGAAGCCAAUCGCAUCAAAGUUGAGCCAAUAUCUGACUUCUCAUCUUUGUUAACGAUCCGAGAUGCUGAGUUUGGAGAUUCUGGUGAUUACAGAUGCUCAUCUGGUCCCUAUGAGACAGAAAUGAAUAUUAGUAUCGUGAAAAAGGUGUGUGUUGACCUCUGCUUGAACGGUGGAGAGUGUGUCGCCGGAAAAUGCAAGUGUAUCAAAGGAUUUAUUGGAGAAUAUUGUCAUAUACCUGAUUACACUGUUCGUGUUGGUGAGGAAUUUAAGCAAACACCAAUUGAGGGUAAAGAUCUGUCAUAUUUGUGUGAAAUCCAAGGCAACUCUCCAGGCAACGGCAUCACAUGGCUAGGGGAGGAUGGACAAGUCAUUGGACCAGCUGAAGGUGAGGAUAGUACGAUCUACACAGAGAUAGUAUCACCAACAGCCUCCAGGCUCCUGAUCAAGGACUUUGAGAGUGCAGACGCUGGAACAUAUGUGUAUUUUUGCAACAUAGUUGGCAGACCAUUUAGUGUGAGUAUUCAUAGCCCUCCAAACCAGAUCCCAGGUGUGGACUCGGCUGUCAGUUACACCUGUGAGGUACCAGAGAACAGUGAGUUCAAAGACCCAGUGUGGGUAUCACCAGAUGGCUCAAGGAUACAAGAUCAGUCCCCUGGUAUUAAUGAUGAUAUGUACUCGGAGCGAAUAUCACCAACAGAGACGAAGUUAAUAAUUAGUAGCCUGACUGAAGAUGAUACUGGCCUAUACACUUGCAUCGUAUUUCCAUUCGCAACCAACUUUAAACUUGAUUUGUACCGAGAGCCACCUUGUCAUCUGCCUUGCCGUAAUGAUGCGCCAUGCAUUGACAAUAAAUGUGCUUGUAGGAAUAAGUAUUCAGGAAACCUCUGUGAAGUACUAAGUGAAAAGAAAUUCAAGUUGCGCUUAGCAGGACCAGAAAAUCCAGUAAUUGGCGAGCGUGUAACCUAUACAUGUGGCCUACAAGGGAAGGGUCCUAAGAACAUCAAGUGGUAUGGACCAGAUGAUAACAUAGUCUCAGGUGAUGCAAGUGCAAGUGUAAGCGCAAAAAAUCUCAAUAAAAGAACGAUUCAGCUGAGCUUCAAGAGCUUACAAGCGUCAGAAGCUGGUAAAUAUACGUGCAGGGCAAACAAGGUCACCAAUACUCUUAACCUGGUUCCUCAAGAUCCUGACGCCGUGUGUGGAGAACCAUGUGCCAAUGGUGGCACGUGUGUUAAUGGCUUCUGUGAAUGUGCAGAUGGGUUCUCAGGAGAGUUCUGUAACUUCAAAGCGGAUCCACAAGGCUCAGGAAUAACAGUGAGUGUCAUUCCUGGCAUUGAACAAGUGCCAACAAAAGGAAGUAAUGUCACUUUCAAGUGUGAAACAACUGCAGAGGGCGGAAGCUCAGAACCAGUAUGGGUCAAUCCUUAUGGUACAGUCAUUGAGGAAACAUCAAAUGACGGAACUUAUAUUGAGAAAGUAUCAGCAACCACUACUAUACUGCAUAUCAGCCAGAUAAGUCUCGAUCAUACUGGUGAUUACACAUGUGUAUCUGGACCAAUCACAGCUAACUAUUUUAUUGAUGUCACAGAUCCUGUAUGUAGUCCUAUGUGUGAGAAUGGUGGUACUUGUGUAGCUGGUCAAUGUGUUUGCAGUGAAAGUUACUAUGGAAAUACUUGUGAAAACAUAGCUGAAAAUGAAUAUUCAAUGGAUAUCAGUCUUGUUGGAACAGCUCCAUUUGUUGGUAACUCUAUUGCACUGGUUUGUGAGAUAACUGGAAAUAACAGACCACAAUAUCCUACAUGGAGUUUAGCAUCAGCCCUACCAAUAGAUCCAAGACUGACUGUAGAGACGCCAGGCCCAUAUGUCUCCAUCUUGAGGUUCAGACAGCUCCAGGAAUCAGACCAAGAUGUCUAUGUAUGUAGUGUCGGUGGGUUAGAAAGAAGACACAAUUUGAGGGUUUAUGUUCCAAGUUGUGCAGACCCAUGUGAAAAUGGAGGGUUGUGUGAAGAUGGUGUUUGUAGAUGUACUCCUUACUACCGAGGACCACAAUGUGAAUUCCCCUACGUUGAGGAGAAACCAUUUGAUUUGACCAUCACCCCAAGUUCGUCUGAAGACCCAACACCUGGUAGUCGUCACACCAUACUUUGUAGAGCAAGUGAUGGUGCCAGAACCCCUCCCGUAUGGACCGAUGCGGUUGGAAAUGUUAUUGAAAGCUCUGAUGAAUUCUCAGGAUCUGGGGAACCAGGCUCCGGAGUUGAUUUAGGUUCUGGUGACAUUGGAUCUGGGCUUCUUGAUGUCGGUGAUCCCCCAGAUAGAGUGUACACACAGAGGCUAGAUGAUGGUUCCAUUCGUCUUGUGAUAAAUAACGUGGAAGUACGUGACGCUGGCCUUUACAGGUGCACGUCCAGUGACAAGAGUGAGCCUCAUGUGCUUAGAGUCAAAAAUGAUUUGGCUAAUUUACGAAUUGAAAGUGGGAGAGGAGAUGUGGUAGCCCUUGGUAACGAAAUUACAUUCCUGUGCAUCGCUAGUGGUCAAGAUGGCAUAGUAAACCCGAAAUGGAUUAGUCCAAAUCAAAGAACUGUCUCGGAAACAAGAACAGGACAGCAAAUGUUUGUGACCAAGUUAUCAGAUCGAGAAACUAGGCUAACGAUCAGCAGUCUGCAACAAUCAGAUGAAGGCUUCUAUACAUGUACAGCAGGGCCAAUCUCACGUGUAACAGUUGUCCAAUUACCAGUUUGCACCCCAGCAUGUUUGAACGGUGGUACGUGUCAGAAUGGGGUUUGUCAGUGUCCUGAUGGCUAUUUCGGAGACUUCUGUCAGAAUCAAAUCUUGCAUUGUAAGCCAGGCUGCCAAAAUGGGGGCACAUGCUUUAAUGGCUACUGUGACUGUACGCUUGGAUUCCAUGGUGUUUUCUGUGAACAAGAAGAUGUGAAUCCUCUAUCGAUGACGAUUGUUCCUCAGCAAGGAAAGAUCAUCUACAGUGGGGAGACCAUCACCUACGUUUGUGAGAUAACAGGUGGAGAUAGCAACAACGGCCUUAGUAUCACUUGGCGUGGACCAAAUAGAGGAAGGUUAUCUCCAGGUAGAUCAGGAGGUGAAGAUCGUGUUUAUGUUGAAGCAAUGGCGCCAACUGUAAGUCGUCUUGUGAUACAGAACGUAAAUACAGGAGAUUCGGGCACGUACACAUGCGAGAGUGGAUCACUCAACAGCACAUUGGUAGUCGAUUUACAAGAACGUCCGUGUGAUAUCGCAUGCACUAAUGGCGGGACGUGUGAAGAUGGUGUCUGCCGAUGUGUCGGCGACUAUUCUGAUAGUUUCUGUCAGAAAUUGACCGUUGGAAGUACUUCCAUCUCUUUAGUACCAAACAUCACUAGUAAUCCAAGUGGUGGAGAUGAUAUCGUUGUUCUUUGCCAGACACGCGGAAGGGGCGCGCCCAAGAGACCCAGCUGGAGAUACCCUAACGGAGAAAACAUUUAUGCAUUAAAGAGAGCUGGUAGCAACGACCGUGUUUACAUUGUAAGAACGAAUGCCGUGUCAACUCGACUCAUUAUGAAAGGAGUUACAAAAGAGGAUGCAGGAAUGUAUCGAUGUUUUGCAAAGGAACUCAGCACAGUUUUCACCUUGGAUAUAGCAGAACUGCAAUGCACACUGCCUUGUGAGAAUGGUGGUCAGUGUGUCCAAGGUGUAUGUGAAUGUCCAGAAGGCUUUAGUGGUUCACAAUGUGAAAUUGAAGACGUCAGAUCAAUAGGCAAACGAAGUGCAGUAUGCCCCAUACCAUGCAUGAAUGGAGGCUACUGCAUUGAUAGCCAGUGUAUGUGUCCAUCUGGUUUUGCCGGUCCAACAUGUGAGAGCAUUCUGCCAAUGGGCAUCCUGAUAAGACGUGUGUCGGAGGAGCAAGGAGUGGGCAAGUUGAUGGAGUGGUCAUGCAUCGCUAAUGAGACACUGUCUCCAGACCCUCCCAAAUGGAUUGCACCAGAUGGCAGCGAAAUCCUUGUUGAUUCAGCAGGAUCAUUUCAGCGAGUCCAUGUGGAAGAAAAAUCAACAAGCAUUAGUAAUCUAGUCAUUAACGUAGUAGAAUUGAGUGAUGAUGGAUUCUACCAGUGCAUAUCUGGCAAUGUGCAGGCAACACUAAAGGUAGACCUCAGAGUAUCUGGUUGCGGCAACGGUUGCUUUAAUGGUGGUCAGUGUAAUAACAGCGAGUGCAUCUGUCCACCUGGCUUUGCUGGGUCGAGGUGUCAAAUAUCUGAGUGCCGGUUCCCGUGUGAGAAUGGAGGGCAGUGUGUGAAUGCCAUCUGUCGUUGCCGUGCAAGCUAUGUCGGAAUUUCUUGUCAAAGGAGAGUGGUCCAUUGUCCCGAAACCUGCCAGAAUGGUGGAACUUGCAGCUUUGGUCAGUGUUACUGUACUGCUGGUUAUUUUGGUGAAUUCUGUGAAAUGAUUGAGAGCGUUUGUCAGCCCAGCUGUGGAAAUGGAGGAACAUGCUUUAAUGGAAUUUGCAUAUGCCCACUUGGUUAUGAAGGAGUCUACUGCCAGAAUAAAGUUGAGAGUGUUGCCCAGCUUGUGAUCUUCCCAGAUGAACAACACAACCUUAUUGAAGGGGUCAACACACUGAUAAACUGUGAAUCAGUCGGACCAGACGCACCUAUGGAUCCUUACUGGACAGGCCCAUCUGGCAGGCUGCCCUCUAGAGAAAAUGCUGGUGAAGACGACCGUGUGUACUCGGAACAACUGACUGAUUUUGAAACAAACCUUGUCAUAAAUGGCUUCAGCAAAGCAGAAGUUGGUACAUAUACAUGUAAUGCAGGACCUCUGUCUAAGACCAUUCGCAUAGUGUCCCUUAGCCUCCUAUGUACUAAGCAGUGUAUUAACCACGGUGUUUGUGAGAAUGGAGCUUGUAGCUGUCCUCCAGGCUACUUUGGUGAACUCUGUGAGCUUGCAGAGGAUGGUGUUUGUAACCCACAUUGUGAAAAUGGUGCAACCUGUCAGCAGGGCAUCUGUCUCUGCCCAUUUGGAUACACUGGAAUUGCAUGUGAACUAGAGCAAUGCAAUCCAGAAUGCGAGAAUAACAGUAAAUGUAUUAAUGGAGUGUGCACCUGCCCACCAGGUUUCAGUGGACCAUUUUGCGAUGAAGACAUCAAUGAGUGUUUGAUCAACUCUGAGAUUUGUCCUGGUGAAUGUGUCAACACUCUGGGUAGUUUCCAUUGUGGCUGCACAGCAGGCUAUGAGCAAGGACCUGAUAAUGUUUGUAGAGAUAAAGAUGAGUGUGCUGGUGACCAUGGAUGCGACCAGAUGUGUGUGAACACCAUUGGCUCUUACUCUUGCUAUUGUAAACCAGGUUAUCUCAUGCUGCUCAAGGACAAUUCCUGUGUACCUCAAGGAUGCUUGUAUGAAGGACAACUCUACAGACACAAUGCUACGUGGGAAAUGGAUGCAUGUACAUCUUGUCACUGCAACUUAGGAAAAACGAUUUGUGAAGAAAAACCAUGCAAGCAAAAUCAAGAAUGUCAUCAGAAUGAUUACACGUACCAACAUGGUGAGACCUGGACUCCCGAAGUUGACACGUGCUCGGUAUGCAGUUGCAAUAGUAGUGUAGUACGCUGUGACCGUCAGGUUUGCCCUCUAACAACUUGUACCCAUCCUGUGUCUGGACACUGCUGCCCAGAAUGUCAUGAUUGUCUAUUUGCCGGUAGCUUGAUCCCCAAUAAAUCAGUGUUCACACCACCAGAUGAUGUGUGUAGCGAAUGCUCCUGCAAGGAUGGUACUGUAGAAUGCUCGGAAGUGAUCUGUCCCAAUGUAACAUGUAGCAAACCAACUGAAGGAAAGUGCUGUCUUACAUGUGAAGACAACUGCUUCAUCAAUAGCAUUGAGUACAAGGAUGGUGAAGUCUUUGAUCCUGUUGAUAAAAAGUGCUCUGUGUGCACAUGCAAUGAGGGAGUUAUUCGGUGCAGUAGACGCACAUGUCCAGAUGUAACAUGCGAGAAUGGGCGUAAAGUGCAUUUACCUGGCCGAUGCUGUCCAGACUGUACAGAUGUAUUGCCUGGAUGCUUGGACACUGAGGGCAGGCUUAAAACGUUUGGUACCACCUGGCAAGACGAUGAUCCAUGCAGGACUUGUACCUGUAUGAAUGACACCAGUAUUCAGUGUACAGAGCAGCAGUGCGAUAUAGAUUGUGAUAAUCCUGUGUCAAUAGAAGGCGAGUGCUGUCCUGACUGUAAAGGGUGUAUGUAUUAUGGUCGUGGCUACCAUACCGGCGACCAGUACCGCUCUGUCUAUGAACAUUGUGAUCAGUGCAUCUGUCUAGAAGGGGAAUCUGUCUGUGAGCCGAUCAGUUGUAAUACUGUCUGCUCCCAUCCAUACCAACCAUCAGGAGAAUGUUGCCCUCUCUGUCAAGAUUGUUCUUAUAAGGGACAAGUGAUUCCGGAUGGAUCUAUAUUCAAUCCUACUCUUGAUUCCUGCAGGACGUGUACUUGCAAUAAAGGAACGGUUACUUGCAUGGAACGAGAACAGUGCCCAGUUUUGAAAUGCCAAGUUACAACAACAGUCCCUGGUGAAUGCUGCCCUCGUUGUGCUGAAUCACAUUGCAUGAAAGAGGAUGGACAUGAAGUAGUUAGUGGAGAAUCAUGGAUAACACCGGAUGAUCCCUGCACUGAAUGUACAUGUAUUGAUACCAUAAUUAACUGUCUACCUAUCUUCUGCCGACAACCAUCCUGUUCUAAUGGUGUGAAGGUCGAGGGUCGGUGUUGUCCUGAUUGUACCAAGUGUAUGUAUGAGAAUAUGAUGUAUGAUGACAAUGAAGUCUUUGUUCCUGCAUCAGAUCCGUGUGCUCAUUGUCGCUGCCGGGAUGGCAACGUUGAAUGUAGAGCACAAACAUGCCCUGAGAUUAGCUGCUCAGUUACUGUUCAACCUCCUGGACAAUGCUGCCACCAGUGCCCGAUAUGUACAGAUACUGGAGGAAAUGAAUACACACAUGGACAAACAUGGAUUAAGACUGAUGAACCCUGUACAACCUGCAUGUGCAUUGAUGGAAAAACAGUAUGCACAGAACAGCAGUGUCCAUUCCAAUGUGGCAAUGCCUUGCCAUCUGAUGGUCAGUGUUGUCCAGUUUGUGAUGGAUGUGAUUAUGAGGGUGUUACUUAUCAAGAGAACGUCAUUUUCAAGCCCAACAACACAGACUGUAUGGAGUGCCUGUGUCGUGAUGGUAGUAUGGAGUGCCUUCCUAUUGUCUGUCCUGCUUUGACUUGUUCUUCAGAGGAAGUGAUCAUUGAGCCUGCAUCAUGUUGCCCAAUGUGUCCAGAAUCCCUAUCCUUGGAAACAACCGAGUGUGAAGAGAAUGGAAUCUUUUACCAGAAUGGACAAAUAUUUCAGCAGGAUGUGUGCACAACUUGUUCAUGUGCUAGAGGUAGUUUGAGAUGUGAAACUCAAGAAUGCACAGAUCUUGAUUGUCCAGUUGAACACCAGAUGAGCUUACCUGACCAGUGCUGUCCAAGUUGUGAAUUAACAAGCUGUAUAUUUCAAGGUAACAUGACUUGUACCAGGACUCCGUGUACAGUACCAGGAUGUGACGUUGAGGAACAAUACACGUUAGAAGGAGAGUGCUGCCCAAGAUGUCUUGAUGGAACAUGUUCAUAUGCUAGUAGAUUCUAUGCACCGGAUGCAGUAUGGCAGACUGGUUGUGAACAAUGUGUGUGUACAGAUGGCGCUGUUAACUGUACAUUAUCACCAUGUCCUUUAGUCGUUUGCCCAGAAGAUGAAGAGCUAGUGUUACCAGAGGGAGGAUGUUGUCAUCAGUGUGCACCCAAAAUCGCUACCUGCACUGUGUUUGGUGACCCCCACUAUAGAACAUUCGACGGCCGAUUCCUCACUUUCCAAGGCACCUGUACAUACACCCUCGCCAAAGACUGUGUAGAUAAUACUUUUGAGGUGAUAGUACAAAAUCAUGGUAAAGGAACGUAUGCAGUGUCGAGAACCCAGCUGGUCUCGUUCCAUCUGUUUAACAAGACGGUUGAUUUACUCCCCGAUAUGGAAGUGCGGCUAGAUAAGAAUGUCAUUACUUUACCCUAUGUGGAAGAUUCAUUUUUCAGUAUUCAAAAAAUAGGUAAGAAUGAAUAUAAUAAGAGUAGCAAUGGAACGUUAAUGUCGACAGCAUCCGAUUAUGGUAACACAUUCCUUGUCGGGGAAUUCCCAGAAUGUUCUUGUCGUGAAGGCAACGAGUUGGAGCCAUGCAUCAAAGCUGGAGGUGACCUGGAGGUCAGAGCUCGUACUCAGUGCAGUAUUUUAAAGGGUGAUGUAUUCAAACCAGCCCAUGUAAUUGUAGAUCCAAAUCCAUACUUCAGUGCUUGCCUGUACGAUGUAUGUGCUUGUCCCGCAAACGAGAAAUGUCUGUGUGAUAUUUUAGGCAUGUACGCACACGAGGCACGCAAGAAGGGUGUUGUGAUAAACUGGAGGUCUACUGAUUUGUGUACAAUUUCUUGCCCCGAGGGCAUGAUUUACGAUGAGUGUACAUCACCAUGCCAAGCAACUUGUGAAAACCAAAGUAACACAGACCAAUGUAUACAUACAAAAUGCGUUCCUGGGUGUGUUUGUUCGGCAGGAAUGGUACUUCAUAACUCCAAUUGCAUUAGUAAACAUGAUUGUCCUGUAAUUUAAAUGUAAUUUUUUACCAUUUCCCCGUCCUUAUUGUACACAAUUUCACCUAUUUCUGGUAAACAUUCAGUCUUUGUACAUUGGAGAAUAUUUGUAAGGUUUUGGAAUUUAGGAGUGUUAAUAAAAUCUAUUGAAUUCUUAGAAUUGUAUAAUAGUAGUUAAUAAUGAUAUUUCUUUCUUAUACAGUUGGUAUAUUUUAAGCCAUUUAAAAUUUAAAUGUAUUUAUUUGAGAAAAAAGAUGGUUUUAUAAAAUGUUUGGGAAGAAGCCUAUAGUGAAACAAUGCUAUAAUCAAUUAUGAUAAUAUAUUUUUGGAAAUAUAAAGCAAAGUUAAUAUUAGCAGUCUACUUUUUUUUUUUCGCAUGAAUAAAAAUGAGAACCCUUGUUGUAAGGGCUGCCAUAUUGAAAUCAUCAAUAUUAUUACAGUAAUAUUAAUAUUAAUAUCAUUUAUUGUUUGUUUGGGUAAAGAAUAACAUCCCUUGCUGUAAGGGAUAUGCUAUUGAAAUCAUCAAUAUUAUUAAAAUAUUAUUAUUAUUAUUAAUGUUAUUAAUAAUAUUAUUGAAUUAGUAAAUACAUAAUGAAUAGGUUUUGAUGACCUGAAUUGUGAAAUAAUUAAUUUCUAAUAAUUUUUAUUGCCAGAUCUUAGCAUUAAUCACAGAAGAAAUAACCGAAAAAGUUUUAAUGUUAAGUGAUUCAUUUGCAUCAUUUCGAACACAGGGAUAUUGAUGUAUAAAAUAAUAAUUAUGAUAUUCAGAUAAUUAUUGUUCACAGUUGUGGAGCUAUAGAGGGCGGUAAACUAUCUGAAAUUGAUUAAAGUGUAAUCAUAAU